UUACUGUUAUUAAUUUAUAUGUUUAUUUGAACAAAUUAUUGAAAGAAAUAUAUUUUAUUCGUAAUUCAAUAAUUAGUAUAUUUUUGUAUUUAAAUUUAAGUUAAAUUUAUUCAAGGUUUUUUUUUUUUUUGCUAAUUUGUUAUUGUUGACGCCUUUAAAAUUAUACUCACAUUGGAAUUUGCUGCACACUGGGUAUCUUUAGAUUUACACUAGAAUGGUAAAAUGGAACGAUUUGAAGUAUUUCCAUUACACCGAAACAAACACUUCAUCAAACAAUGUUGUGCUGUAAUUAAUUCUGAAUGGCCUCGCAGUGAAAUGGCUAGGUUACACAGUUUGGAAGCGUCAUGUGAUACCUUACCAACAUCUUUGGUGCUGGUUAAAGAGGAAGAUAACUUCAAAACAGUUUUAGGGCAUGCAAAAAUUACACCAAUACCAUCUAUUCCUGAUGGUGGGUUUAUCGAAACAGUGGUAAUAGAUAAUCAUCACAGAGGAAAAGGACUAGGAAAAUAUCUUAUGCACAAGACUGAAGAGUACAUAAAAACAUUGGGCUUAAAUGUUGCAUACUUGUCUACAAUAGACAAACAAGAGUUUUACUCAAAACUCGGAUAUAUUCAAUGUCAGCCAAUUUCAAUUUAUGGUGGCUCUGUGAGUAGUAUUAAUAGUUCAAAAAUGGUUUCUGUGAUUGUACCAUCAAGGAAAACAUUCAUGAAAAAACAAUUGACGUGAAACCGUAUUUUUAAAAUUAUUUUUGUUUAUAUUUUAAAUUACAAACAAGGAAUAAAUAUCACUGAUAUAAA